AUGUUUAGUAACCUUAAAGGACUUGUUACCAAGAAAGAAGGGAUACACAAAAGCUCUAGAUCAGAAUGUGGAAGUAGUGAUGGAAGAGUUUCUUAUUCAAGAUUUCUGGGUGAAUCAGAACGAACUGAUGCUGAUAUCGCUUUUGAAACACGAACUUCUACAAAACAAUUGAAUAAACAAAUCACAUUGUCUACUGUUAAUACUAAAAAAUUUGAUGGAUCAACUAUUCUUGAUUAUGAUGAGGAUAUUUCACCAAUAUCAAAACAGGAGAAUUGUGUAAAUAGAUUAAAAUUGACUAGUUCAUAUAAUAAUGAACAAGAUAGACAUGGUGGAGAGGAUUCUGAUUGUGGUUCAAUUAUUUCAUCAACUUUUCGAUUAUCAUCAUCUAAAGAUUCAUCAGAUAUACAAUCACGUUAUCAACAUGUUUAUCGUUUAGCACGUGAAUAUAAAAUCAAAUAUCAACAGCUUGAAGAAGCGUUUAAAGUUAUGGAAUCAGAAAGAAAUAAUUUACAACAAUUGUUAGCUUCUCAUCAGGCGAAAACAUCGAAAUCUGUAGAAGAGGUGUACAAGAAGCUUGAAUUGGAUAAACAAUCUAAAGAUGAAUUGGAGCGAGAUUUCCGCCAAUUAUUGACUGAAAAAGAAGAGAUUAUCAAGUCAUUACGACUGCAGUGUGAUCAACAGAAUGUUAAUAAAUUACGCUCUGAAUUAGCUGAUAGUAAAUUAUCUCAAGUAGCAUUAGAAGAACAAGUUAAGUGUUUGAAAGCUCAGUUUUUCAAUCUCCCUUAUACAAAUUCUCAAAAAUUAGAAAAAUAUGAUUCGACUUUAAAUACACAACUUAAUAAACUGUAUAUUACCACAGAAUCUAGUUGUGUUGCUACGCAACCGGUAAGUAAUGAUGAUGAUGCUACGCUGAAUACAAUUGAGACUUUAUCACAUCAAGUAAAGGAAUUACAUGAGAAAUUAACUGAUUCUGAAGAUACUAAAAAACAUUUAACAGAACAAAUCAAUAAUCUAAAAGAAUCACUAAGUUUGAGUAAAUUACAGGUCAACACUUCACCAUUUAACACUGAUCUUAAUGAUACAGCUUACAACUCUGAGAUAAUCAGUUUAAAAACUGAUCUAUCCAAUUUACAAAUACUCAACUCUGAAUUAACUAUACAAUUGAAUCAAGCUAAAAGUGAUAUUGAACAAUUUAACGCUACACAAAUAGAACAAUUAAAACAAAUUGAUGAAUUAAAAAUAGAAAUUAAUUCAUUUAAUGAUAUAAAACAACAGAAUAACAAUUUAAAAACAUUAUUGAAUCAGAUGAAACAAUUAAAAAUAGAUUUAUUUAGUAAAUUUAAUGAAAAAUCACUUCAAUUAUUAUUCCCUGAUAAUAAUAAUUCUUUGAAUUCACUUAAUUUUGAAAAUAUCCAUGAUGUUCAAUGUUUCACUGAGUUACUUGUUAACGCGCUCAAGGUCACUUAUGAAGGACAAAUAUGUCACUAUGACAAGGUUAAAUAUUUAGUAUCCCAAUUAAAUGAAUUAACAGAUAAUUUAAACGAAAAUCAAUCUAUUCAAAGAUCACUUGAAUAUGAGUUAACUUCUUCUCAAUCAAGUGAACAAGAUCAACAUUUACUUGUAGAUAAACUGAUUGUACAAAUUAAAGAUUUACAAAAUGAUUAUAAACAACGUUUAUCAAAUGUUGAAGAUAAUCUACAAAAUGAAAUGAAAAAGUAUUCUGAUUUACAAUUGAAAUAUACACAAAUUGAUAAAGAAUUAAAUGUUGUACAAAAUCAACUUGAUAUAAUGCAUAAAUUAAAAAGUGAAUUAGAAUUGAAAGUUUUACAACACUUGGAAAUUCAAACAAAUCUUGAAAAUAAGUUAUCUGACCUUGAAACGUUACAUGAAAAAGAUCAACAAUCCAUUGAACAUUUAACAAAUAAUCAAGUUGAUAAUCAUAAUAAUCACAAUACUUUAAAUCAUUCUCUUAUCAAAUUGAAAGAAGAUUUACAAAAAUCUAAUGAUCAGUAUACACAAUUGUUAAAUGAUUAUAAAAGUGUAACUGAAAAAUUGAUGAAUACUGAAAAACAAUUGAAUAUUGAACAAGAUAAAUUUACCGCUAAAUCAAAUGAAUUGUUAACAGUUAAUGAAGAAUUGAAGUGUUUAAAACAAUCAUUUAUUAACUUACAAGAUAACCAUCAAUUUGAGUUACAUUGUCAAUUGAAUGAACAAUCUGUAAAGUAUGAGUCUGAAAUUAAUUCAUUGAGAAAUGAUAUAGAACAAAUUAAGAAAUCUUCGGAUGAAACAACAAAUUCAAAAAUUGAAUAUUUAACAAAUGAAAAUAAAUUUCUAUCUGAUGAGAUUCAAUCACUUCAACAGAUCUUAAAUAGUACAGAGAAUCAACUGGAAGAUUUAAAAAUACAACUUAAAACAGAAAUGAAUAUUGAACAAGAAAAGUUGAAAAUAGAACUUAUCAAAGCUAAUGAUUUCAUUGAAAAACUUAAAUCUCAAUUAAAUUCAUCUAUACAAGAGAAUAUUUCUUUGAAUAAAGUAUUCAAUAAUAAUUCUGAAGGAUAUCAACAGGAUAUACAUGAAUUAGUCAUGUUAUCCAAUCAAAUUUGUGAAUUAUUUGUAGAACAAUCUGAACAAAUGAAUAUUAAAUUAAAUCCUAUUUGGAAUAUACUUGAAACAUCUGAGCAUCGUCUUAAUAUAAUUAAUGAAAAUAUUGAUAUAAUUCUUAAGACAACAAAUAAUCGUUAUCAAGUAUAUUCUUCUACAAUUGAUCAAUUACAAAGUGAAUUAUUCAAUGUAAAUAAUCAGUUAAUUACUUGUAAUAAUGAAAUUAAUAACUUACAAAUAAAUAUAAUAAAGAAAAACGAUGAAAUAAAUGAAGUUCACUUAAAAUUGGAUGAGUACCAUUCAUUCAAUCGAAUAUGCCAAACUUUUGUGUCUAAUACUCAUUCUCAACUCUAUCAUAGUGUAAUUCAAUUGUGUCAAUCCAGAAUCGCUUGUAUUCUGUUUGAAAUUAAAGAAUAUUUAAGUGCAGACAAUAAUAAUAAUAAUAAUAAUAAUAAUAAUAAUAAUAAUAAUGGUGGAGACGAUAUCUCUCAUGAAUACAACCAAGUUAGAUUUGAAGCCCAACAUUUAGCUGAUUCAUUUAACAGCAUAGAGAAAAUGUUAAUUUCACAAAUGGAUAAUUUCAAUAAAUUAUCUACUGAUAAUAAUGACAACUUUGAGUUAUUUUCAACAUGGAUAAAUUCAGAGUUGAAUAAGUCAUUCAAUGACUACCUUCAUCAGUGUAUUAAUGAUUUCAAUGGAUUGGAAUCGCGUCUACACAAAUUACAUAUGAUAUAUAUUGAUAACUUGAAAAAUUCCCCUAAGUAUUACCAAUCAAUUAUCAAUGAAUUAAACAGUCAAUUGACUACAACACAAUUACAAACUAGUCAACUUAAUGAUCAGUUAAUAAAAUCACAAAAUGAUUAUCAAACAUUAAAAGAAACUAUAAAGAUAAGAAAUGAAAAUUUCUCCACUAUUGAAUCAGCAUUAUUGAAAGCAAAUCAAUCUGUUGAUGAAUUAAAACAGAAUGAAAUAAUCUUAAAGGAUAAAUAUACUACUCAAUUGAUAUUAUAUGAACAAAGUCAAGAAGUAGUAUGUAAUUUACAAAAUCAAUUAAAAUUGGCCAUAGAAAAAUCUGAUUAUUUGUCAAAAGAAUUAUUAGAGAAAGAAUCCUUGAUUAAUAACACACUAGAAGAAUCUGAUAAAGCUGUUUCUUGUCUUCGAAGUCAAUGUAAUGACUUACAAAAUGAAAUGAAGAAAUUGCAAUUAGAACAUUCUGAUAUUUUACAAGAUUGUAGACAAAAGCAUGAAGAAGAAUUGAACAAAUUGAUCAAGAAGCAUGAAGAUGACAGAUCUCAAUGUAUUGCUCAAUUGAAAAGUGAACAUCAAAAUGCUUUACUCACUGCUGUAGCUGCUAAAGAGAAACAAUUGAAACAACAGAACAUAGUUAGAGCAUCUAUAACAAUUUCAUUACAAUGUAGUAUUUCACGAAGAAUUGAAAAUCGUCUAAAACAAGUUCUACAAGAAUUGGAGACAAGUAAAAAGUCCUCGAAUACUCCAUCACGUCGUGAAGUUGAGCUACAAGGAUCUCUUAGUGAAGUUGAAGACAAACUAAAGCAUUUACAAUCUGAAUAUCAAAAUCAGUGUCAAUUAAUCAGUCAAUUACAAUUGAAAGUGAAUGAAUUAGAACUACAGAAUACAGAAAUGAAGGAGAACAGCAACAAGAACUCUGUGGAUAAUAAUAACUUCUUAAGUGAUUCAGUAUCAGAGAUCCAUGAAAAUUAUCAACUACAGAUAGAAUUACUCAAGGCGGAACAUGUUAGUCAUAUACAAGAGAUGACAAAAGAAUUUGAACGUAAAUUGUUAACGAAUGAACGUGAACUUAAUACAGAGCACAAAGCUGAAAUAGAUCAAACAUCAACAAAACUUAAAUGUAUGGAAGAGUUGCAUUCUGCAAAAUUAUCCCAAUUGGAGGGGACCAUUUUAGAACAAGAACGUGAAAAUAUAGAGCUUAAAAGUUGUAUUAAUGAAUUACAGUCAGAAUUGAGACGUACUAAAGAUGAAGUGAAUAUAAUUGAAGCAAAAUAUCAAAGUAAGAUGAAUUCUACAUUCUCAACUUCAUCGAUUAUUUCACGUCAUGAUGUUGAUGUACAAUGUGAUCUAAUACCUGAUAAGAAUUUCACUGAUGAGGAAGCUAAUUCAUGUGCAAACAGUGUACAUAAUGGUAAAAAUCAAUUGGAUACUUCCUCUAGAAUAAACAAUUCACGCAGUUCUAUUGAUGCAUACGAUGAUUGGAUUGAAAAAUUACGUCAAGAUAUUCUUCAUUCAGAUUCAAUCGAUACUUUACAUCCAGCACUACGUCAAAAUCGAUAUCCUACAUCUGUUCCUAUUCGUGAUUAUGAAGCUCUCGAGUUGCAUAAUACUGAUCUUCAAAAUCAAUUACAACAGUUAUCAGCUGAUUUUGAAGCAUUACGAUCAAAAUGCUUAGGUACUUGUGGUAAAGAGUUUACAGAGCAUACCAAUUCUUUAUCUAAAUCAUUGCAUAUUCAUACAAAUGAUAGUAUGCUACAGUCAUCUCAUUCAAGUAUUCUGUUGAAUUCAAUGCAAAAAGAUUAUCAUCAUCAUCAUCAAUACAAUGCUGCAUUUAGUCCAAGUGAAAAUCGACUACAUGAACUCGUUGAAUAUGAAUAUUUGAAGAAUGUUCUGUUCGAGUAUAUGCAAGGACGUGAAACUCAAAUGAGCAGUUGGAAAACUAAUCAAUCAUCAGAAAUAUCUAUAUUGUUAAUGGAACUUAUGUUUUAUAAUAUUAUCAAGCCUAUUGAUCGAUAUAUCAAAGAUCAUGAUUAG